UUCCCGUCCUCUUUCUCUCUCAAAACCUUUGAUUUUUCCUCGAAAAAUCAGCCGGUUCUCUCAAAAGCUUUGAUUUUGAUUAUGGGUGGUGUUGCUGUUCCCAAUCAUCAAGUUUGUAUGAAAGAAGCUUUCUGGCGGAAACCCCUAAUAACUCCGAGUCGCAAGAAGAAACCUCGGAGGAGCCAUAAUGCUCCUUCUUCUAACUGUACGCAGCACAGCCACACGAAGAAGAUCCCCUCGCGGCGCAUGAAUACCACCGCGUCGUCUCCGGCUCAGAAAGCAUCGCCGUUGAAGAACCUCGUGGUGGGCCAGGUGAAGAUUUUAAAGCGCGGUGAAGAGCUGACCGUAACGUCGGCGGAUAAGGAGAACCGUGGGGAGCCGAAUCUGGAUCUGGGCUUGAAGGAGCGGCUGGGUCCGGAUCCGACGGCGGUACCCGUCAUGUUCUACGCCGGGCCUUCUACAUUUGCGUCUCCGCUUCCGAGUUCGCUUCCUCUACCGACGUUCUUCACGAAGAAGUGUGCUUUUCCGAAAACCGAUGAUGUCGCGACGUAGGAUUCUACGGAUUGAAGAGCUCGAUUACUCUAUACGAAAGAGUAAUUUCACGAAGGACAGCAAUUCAUAGUAUUGGAACAGAGCAUUCUCGGUUUGAAUUCAUAACUUGAAUUCAAAUAGUACAGAUUAUAGAUAAUUGUACAUUCAACUUUCAAAAUUCAAAUAUUGUAAUUCUGUAAUUUAACAUCUAUAUAUGA